AUGGCCGUCAAGUGCAAUGGCUGUGAUGGUGUUAUGGCCGACAGGCUAUACAUGAAGUGUUCACGAGGGGAGUGUGGAAAGACUUAUCAUUUAUCGUGUCUAGCCAUUACCAUCGAAAAAUUUAAGGAGUUCACCCUGGAAUACAGAAGUCAGUGGACAUGCCCCGAAUGUGUGUGCUCCAUUCCCAAGGGGAAUAACUCAGAUACACCAGUACGUAGUCACGUAACGAUUGAUAAAUCUUUUACGCCGGGCAAUUACCUAAAUACUGGGCGCGGCAGCAAAAACCCAAACACAUCAUUUGUGGCUAAUAAGGAGGAUAUCAUAAUAGAAGAAAUUCGAGAGUUUCGUAUGGAAAUGAAAAAUAAGCUAGAAGAUCAAAUUAAAGAAUAUAAACUUCUGAAAAAUAGAUUUACAAAAUCGGAAACAGAGUUAGAAGAAUUAAAAAAACAAGUGAAGGUGCUUCAAGAAAAAACAGCAAUAAUAAGUGUAUUAGAAACUAAAAUAGAAAUAUUAAUUCAUAAGAAUGAAUUAUUAGAAGCAAGUGUCAAUAGAAAACGUCCUUUAAUAAAUAAUAUUGAAACAAAUGUGCAAAAAGAACCUACUCUUUCUUUUGCGAAAGUUGUUCAGAACAAUAAACAAAAGCAGGUAGUAAGUGAAAUUACAACUAUGGAAUGUAUGGCCACGAAACCGUCGGACUUAGUAAGGAGCGAAGAGAAAGCUCAACUUGAUAAUGGCUGUAAAAUAUUAAAAACAACUCAGACGAGUGAAAAGGGAGAAGAAAGAAAUGGAAUUAAGUUUGGUGACAGCGAGAAGAAAAAAGAACAAGAAUCAGAAAAAGAAGGAAGUUGGAAAAUGUUACCAUCAAGGGGACCGAAAAGAAAAAAUUUUUGCACGUAUGGCGUCUCCAAAAAGAUACUAUGGUAG